AUGCUUCGCGGGCACUCCUUACAACUGACUCAAAUCAUCCUCGUGGUCUUCCCAUGCUUCUUUCUCUUCGGUUAUAAUCAAGUGGGCGUCGGAGGACUACUCGGCUUCGCCAGCUGGACUGGCCUAUUUCCCCAAAUCGACACAGUACACGCCACCGGAGAGACCGAGUCGCAAAAGUCCAUCAUGCAGGGCGUUUACGUCUCCUGCUUCACACUCGGAGGUGCCGCGGGCUCGUUAAUAUGCACUUCCAUCGGAGAUUUCCUCGGCCGGAGGAAAGCCAUUUUUGUCGGGGCACUUUUAACGUUUAUCGGCGAACUUCUUUCGUGCACUUCGUUUAGCUUCUCUCAGUUACUGGUCGGACGCAUCGUCACGGGUAUUGGAAUCGGGUUCACAAGCACGAUAGUUCCUGUUUGGCAGUCUGAGUGCUCUCCUGCAGCAGAUCGAGGAGCACACGUUGUGAUUGAUGGUAUUUUCAUCACGAGCGGCUAUGCGAUUAGCCAGUGGAUCAAUUACGGCUUUUCUUAUAUCGAUUACCACUCUGUCUCGUGGCGCAUGCCAAUGGCAAUUCCCUGUGUUUUCUCGCUUAUGCCAAUCGCGUCCAUUUUUCUCCUCCCGGAAUCGCCUCGCUGGCUGGUGCGUGCCGGUCAUGCCACCCAAGCAGCUCUCGUCCUGGCUCGCAUCAAGGAGAUCGAUUCUGAAGACCCGGAAAUCAGACACGAAAUUGCCGGCAUCGAAGCCUCACUCGAAGAAUCGGCUCAAAAUGCAGCAAGAGUCAAGGACAUCUUCACCAUGAAAGACGGCAAACUAUUCUAUCGAUUCAUGCUCUGUCUCGGUCUGCAAUUCUGGGUCCAAAUGACCGGUGCAAAUGCAAUCAGCACUUACUGUACGACAAUCUUCCAAGAUAGUCUUGGCCUAACCGCGGAUCUUUCCAGAGUGCUUGCGGCAGGCAUGUUGACAUGGAAAUUCGCGGCUUCUUUCGUCGCUUUCUUCACCAUUGAUCGAUUCGGACGCCGGAAACUGUUUCUGUUCAGUGGCGCGGGUAUCACGCUGUGCAUGAUGUGUAUAGCCAUCACGAACAAAUAUGCGAGUGAGAGUCACGGAGCGGCAAUUGGGACGACCUUCUUCAUCUUUCUGUUCGCAUUCUUCUUCCCCAUCGGUUUUCUGGGUCCUAGCUUUCUCUAUUGCACUGAGGUCGCUCCUCUGAGGCUUCGAGUAGCGAUGACAUCGAUUUCCACGGCAAACCACUGGGUUUGGAACUUCGUCGUGCAGAUGAUCACCCCAAUCGCAAUGACAAGUAUCGGCUAUCAGUACUGGAUUGUAUACACAGUCCUUUGCUUCGCAUUCCCAGUGACAGUUUUCUUCUUCUAUCCUGAGACAAUGGGUCAGAGUCUGGAGAAACUUGAAGAGCUCUUCCAGCAGGAUCUGUCUAUAUUCCAGACGGUUCGCCCGCAACGUAUAUUUUGA